ACUUCCUGUUGUGAAUUCAGUAAAUAGUUAUUCCCUCUAACGUAACGUUUAACCGCGUUUGCAGCAGCUUGUGAGUGAAUUUGAUGAGCGAGGACCGUGUUUCUGUCAGCUAAACUUCGCUCAGGUGUUAAACUGAUUUAGAAACAAAAGAGUCAUUUAAGGCAGUGGGGCAGCUAAUGCUACAUGCUAACGUCGGUUAGCUGUCGUCGGGCGGCAGCGGCGGGUGACUCGGCUGUCUGUUUCUUCAGUUUCUGUUUUUUCGCUUUAACCUGUGAGCUUCACGUCGACACGGCAGGUCUUUGAGUUGCUUAGCUAACACCAUGGCCAGUCUGCUGUCGAUGCAGUGCGUCUCCUCUCUGAGGAAGUCCGGGAUUCACCUGAGGUCCGCAGCUGCGGGGAUCGAUACGAGAAACUACAGCAGCAAGAAAGGCUCAGCCGAGUAUCUGCACCAAAGUGUGGUCCCAUCCAUGCAUUACCAGAAGAGUUUACCCAGGCUCCCCAUACCAAAGCUGGAGGACUCUAUCAGGAGGUAUUUAGCUGCCCAGAGGCCUCUGUUGAAUGAUGACCAGUUCAGAACAACAGAGAAACACGCACAAGAUUUCCAGAGCGGUGUGGGAAAACAGCUGCAUGAGGAACUGGUAACGCAGGACAAAAACAACAAGCACACAAGCUACAUCUCAGGACCGUGGUUUGACAUGUAUCUCUCUGCUCGUGACUCCGUGGUGCUGAACUUUAACCCAUUCAUGUCCUUCAACCCCGACCCUAAGGCGGAGUACAACGACCAGCUGGUGCGCGCGACCAACAUGGUGUGUUCGGCAGUGCGCUUCAUGAAAACGCUGCGCGCCGGGUUACUGGAGCCGGAGGUUUUCCACCUCAACCCGGCAAAGAGCGACACAGACGGCUUCAAGAAGUUCAUCCGCUGGGUCCCGUCCUCACUGUCCUGGUACGGAGCGUACAUGGUGAACGCCUACCCCCUGGACAUGUCUCAGUACUUUCGCCUUUUCAACUCAACUCGGAUUCCCAAAAAGGGGAGAGAUGAGCUCCUCACUGACGAGAAAGCGAGACAUCUCCUGGUUAUGAGGAAAGGCAACGUGUAUGUGUUUGACGUUGUGGACCGGGAUGGGAAUUUGGUGAAGCCCGCAGAGAUCCAGUCCCACCUGAACUACAUCUUGUCGGAUCCGACGCCGGCGCCUGCUUUUCCUCUCGGGCUCCUCACCAGCGAGAACAGGGACGUUUGGGCCGGAUGCAGGGACAAGCUGAUAUCUGCUGGAAACGCAGAGGACUUAAAGAUUGUGGACAGCGCCCUUUUCUGUCUCAGUCUGGACGAUGAGACCAUGAAGGACCACAUCCACAUCUCCCACAACAUGCUGCACGGCGACGGCUGCAAUCGCUGGUACGACAAGUCCUUCAGCAUCAUUAUAGCCAAAGACGGAGAGGCAGCUAUCAACUUUGAGCACUCGUGGGGCGACGGCGUGGCUGUGCUUCGCUUUCAGAACGAGAUCUUCAAAGACACAACGGAGCAGCCACUGGUGCACCCGGGCUCUGCUCCCGCCGCCGUGGACUCAGCCUCCGCCGUGCGCAGGCUGCAGUUCAAACUGGACGGCGAGCUGGAGAACAGCGUCCAAAAAGCCAAGGAGAACUUUGACUCUGCUGUGUCCAAACUCACCAUCGAUGCCAUGGAGUUCAAGAAAGGCGGGAAGAACCAGCUGAAGAAGAGCAAGCUGAGUCCAGAUGCGAUCGCACAGCUGGCUUUUCAGAUGGGUUUCCUGAGGCAGCACGGACAGACCGUGGCCACGUACGAGUCCUGCAGCACGGCGGCGUUCAAGCACGGCCGCACUGAAACCAUCCGGCCAGCCACCGUGCACACAGAGCGAUGCUCACGCGCCUUUGUUUUGCAGCCAGGUCAGCACAGCGUGGAGCAGCUGCAGGGCAUGCUCCACGAAUGCUCCAAAUAUCACGGGCAGCUCACCAGAGAAGCAGCGAUGGGUCAAGGUUUUGACCGUCACCUGUUCGCGCUGCGGUACCUGGCCAGCUCAAAGGGUCAGGCUCUGCACAGCCUGUACACGGACGCCGCCUACGCCGCCAUCAACCACAACAUCCUGUCCACCAGCACCCUCACCAGUGCGGCCGUGAGCCUCGGCGGCUUCGCCCCGGUGGUGCCCGACGGGUUCGGCGUCGGCUACGGUGUCCACGACGACUGGAUCGGCUGCAACGUGUCCAGUUACCCGGCCCGCAACGUCCACGAGUUCCUGCAGUGUGUCCACAAGUCCUUAGACGACAUUUUUACCGUCCUGGAGGGAAAGGCGCUCAGCUAAGAAACAAGGGUUUGUCAUCAACACAGAAACAAAAAAUCUCCGACCAACCGUGCAUAGAAUAAUAGAUGAUAAUUCUUAUUAUUUAGAUUAUUUGUAUAGUGCUCAUCCAAACCAGCGUGGCAAAGAAAAGACAAGCAGGCGUAAGAAAAAAAAACAAUGAAUGAUUAAAAAAUAACAUAAAACAGUUCCAAAGUCAUUAACUUCCUGGAAAAGUUAUGACAUUAGGCCUGGAAAUGUUUAGGCAGCAACAGAAAGUUUCAUAAACACUUUGAAUAAACAUUAUUUUGGGUAUUGUUUAUAAAAAUCCCAAAACAUGUCGUAUAAUAUGCGAAAUGUGAUGUAUUUGGAUCUUUGGUUUUCUGUCUCACAAAAAGACGCAGCCUUGACGUUUUGCAAAAUACUUGUUUCUGCCAUCCAGUGUUUCGGCAAACGCAGCCGGUUGGUGGUGGGAAUGUCUGAAGGAAAGAUAGUAAAAACUAGCAGUUUGUUUAUUCACAAAUACCUCAGAAGAGCACGUUUUCAGGCCUACCCCUUUAAAAUACUUGAAUAAAGACAUGAUAAUGGGUUAAAAUAUUAUCGAGAAGUUAUGGAAAGCUUUGAAACUCCACGGGGAAAAAUGUUUGGGAACCUUGCAUAAAUAAAAUACCAAAAAACUGAAAAAUUAGUCAAUUUAAACUUAAGAUAGAGCAGUGCAAGACUUAAGUGCAACGUCAACAAUAUAGUUAAAGGAUUAAAUAUAAACCUUAAAAUUAAAGGUGAAAUUAUAGGAAAGGCUUUGGAAAAGAUGGUCUUCAAAAAAGUGACAUAAAUAUAUUUUUUAAACCACGUAAGUGACACAAGGAGAAACACGGUGCUUAAAUCUAUUUUUUAGCAUUUAAAUGGUUGGGAACGUGAGUUGGACCCUAAAGUGUGAUAUUUAACAGGUGGGUUUGGAUAUAACUGUAGAUGUAAAAACUAAUGUGACAUGGCUCAACAAAAUAUCAUGUGUUAGCCCUCGAUGGGAGACACAAGUCAUGAUAUUUAUGUGUAAUAAAACAUUAUAGAACAUAAAAUACUGGGGAAAGAAAAUGAAGCUUUCUACUGAAACUGACUCAGUCUACUGGCUUUCGAUCCGCCUCAUCGGUCCGUUGCCUGAUGUGUUUUUUUGUCGUAGGUUUACAUAAUGCAGUUACAGGUUAAAAGGUUUCGGAGCACUGGUCAUAUUUAUGCAUCAGACGUAGAGCUCUGUGAUACAGAUUAGUCAGAUUGUGCCUUAUCAAAAUGUGAAUUUAGCAGCACAAUUUUCACUGUAAGAACUUCUAUUUAAAUCAUCAUCACUGUUUGUCAUUUUCAGCCUUAUUGUGUUUGAAUGUAUUUGGCAAUUAAACUUAAUUUAAUUA